GCAGCACCUAGUGAGUAGGUGGUAAUCACAUCGCAGUGCAACCAUAAGAGAUUAGAUCAAGGUUGUAGAUAAACAUCUCUUUACCCGCUGCGAGGCUAUGAAGUUAGCCCUGCUGGUUUCAUAAUAUUUCGCGUCUAGUCGGUCGGUAUUCAAUGGUCUUGCAAGCCUAAUAGCUUGGUCCCUGUCAAUGUUAGAAGUUAGGGAUAGACUGGUGUCCAACGCUCCCAUUGGAAUGGCGCAAGGCGACCAGUGCGACUGAUUGGCAACUCAAUACUAUCACCUAUCAUGAUUGAUACAGGUAGACACCCAAUACUGAUCUGUAUCGCCUUGCUCGAAAUGAACGCACUGUUCGCAGUUCAAGCAAGUGCCGGCACAUUUAUUUUGCCACGAUGCGACAACCAAUGUGCCAAGACUUGUAAAGCGUCCGGCACAUCAUGGCACAUGAAGUGCGGCUGGUCUACAGUUGCUACCUUCUCCAAGGACGGCCAGUCCAUUACCAACACCUCAGCACUAACAGCAUCCAGCAUGACAAUCAGGAGAAAGGUCCGGCACGACGGUGACUUGCAGGUAUUGGAGGUUCUGAACCUGCAAGCCAGUGCUCACAGUGGCGAAUAUCGCUGUCGUGGAGUGAAUGAACUGCGAACACUGUUAUGGACAAGAUGCGAGUGUCUAGUGGUCACAUCGAGUCAGCAGGAACAGCAACAGUGUCUGCAGGCGAUACGUCCAAAGAUCUCUCCACCGGGGCCUCGCAACGUGAGAGGUUUUGAAGGUCAACCCAGCCUAGUGUUGGAUUGCUUUUCUACAGGCGGGGCUACUCACUUACGUCGAUGGCUCUUCAACAGCUCACCUAUCUCCAGCGCUAGCCAGUGGAGCCCCACCUACGUCCUGCGGAACGUGACAAGAAGCAUGGCCGGCCAGUACACCUGUGAGCUGCUGGAGAAGCAUAGACGAGACUACUAUGACAGAGUAGAUUACUUCGUCACAAUACAGCAAGACACCCGAAAGAGAAACAUCAACAAAGUCAUAAACGAGACAUCGCUCGUGACGAGGAGGCUGACGUGUCCCUACGCCACAAUGCCUUGGGCGCUGAAUCAAUCUGUCCAGUGGUAUCAGGACGGAACGCCGCUAAACUCCAGCACAAUCGGAGUAUUCUUUGCGCGGACCAGCGUGAUCAUCGUAGAUUUACGACUCCUGGAUUUCGCCCGGAGAACAACAAUCUCAUGCAGAAUGUCCGAGACCAACGUCGAGGCGCUCUUCAAUAUUAUAAUGGUUCCUCCGGAUGCACCAAGGAAGCCUCACGCGCGGCCAGGGAACAAAAUCGUGGCCAUCCAGCAAGACCACGAGCCGACAACGAAACUAAUCGUAAUCAGCACGUUCCGUCAAGGUCGCAUGAGCAUGGCGAUGAGCCACCUGGUCGAGAGGUUCGAGAGCAAAGCCGACCCAAAACAAGAAUUGACUCCAUCAGAAGCCUGCUUCAUGGCGUCCCAAGACUCUACCGUCAGUCUGGCUAUUGAGUUGCAGUAUAUCACGCGUGAUGGCAUACGAAGCAGUAAAAGCGAGCCAGAAAACUGGAACUACCACCCAAGUCUGGCGAAAACGCAUCUUCACACAUUCCUCCUGUUGAUGAAGGCCAACGAGAAUGGGUGUAACAGCAAUUCCAGUUCUGCCACCAACACCUUGUCGGUGACUGAAUUCUCUCGACUUUGGCAUCAACGUCUAACUAAUAUCUUCAGCAAGCUGUGCUCAUGUUGUUCGCUCGAGAAACCGCUUGCUAUGCAAUUGGACGAAACCACUGAGGACGUAUGCACGACGUUUAGCCAUCCCCACGAUGUAAUCCCUCUGAUGAACUGCACUGCAGCAGGAGGGGCACUGGUGGAAGUGAAAUUCGCAGUAAGGUCGACGACGGAGCUCACAAACCUAGCCGCUCCAUUACAUCGUUUUCUCCGCGCAUUCCCAGUUUUAUCCCUCAACGAUGACUGGGAGUUCUCGUACCAAGGAUUCUGGGUGUAUGGUCCGUACUGGGAGGCAUUCUCUCUUGGCAACCUGACCACCCUGACUGAGACAGCUGUUAGUGUGAGCAUGCAAUUCACAACCAGCCUGUGUGCGUUCAGUUCCCAAUUGACAUAUAUUGCACAUGCAGAACCCACUAGCAUGAUAACUUCAGGAACUAAGGUCACUAGCAAUGCCACAGAGUACAUCACUUCAUCAGGGCCGGCCACGACCCACACACCUGUUUCUAGCAUAUAUCUUUCCCCUACAAAGAGUAGUGCGGACGUUAUGCUAAGCCUAUCAGCUAUUAACUAUUUAGUAGUUACCGUCUCUGUUCUGAAUAUUUUGGCGAUGAGUGUCUAGUGUUGCCACUUGCCAGUGCUAACCGUCGGAUAGUAUUGAAGCUACUUUACAUUCUUUGCGCUCCAUCGCAUUGUUUGUAUGUGUCUUUAGCUCCAAGGUGCGGUAUCCUGA